AUGCAGCCACAAUUUCGAUUCUUUACGCUGCCACGAGAGCUGCGUGACAUGAUCUACGAAUACUAUCUCACGACAGAAGAGGGGUACUUCUAUAAUCAUGAAACAGGCCAGCUAGUCGCGGCUAACAAAGGGCGCGUCGAUUUAGCCCUUGCAUACACUUGCACACAAGCGGCCGCCGAGAUGCAGGGCCUUGCACUCUCGCUCAAUUCAAUCCACUUCUCCACAGCGUACGACGAUGCGCUCCGCAGCAGAGCAGGCCGCUUCCGGGAUCUUCUUGUAACUAUCGAGUGUACUAAAUCCUGUCUAGUUAACGCAAUACAUCCCUGUAUCGAUGACGAGACCGUUUCCAAGUUAGCCAGGGUGUACCCACAGUUUCUACCUAUAGUCCACCGCCUCCGGAACGUAGGAGCGGUCCGCCUUUUCAGAGAUUAUAGCUGGGGCGAAGUACCGUCUCUCUGUCGCCAGUUCCAUAGUGCGACUCUAGAUCUUGUCUCGGAUCACCCGGAUUUCCACGAGGCGGUCUCUGAUGAUGUCCCUGUGGGAUGGCUACACGGCCGUCUUUCUGAACUACUUUCCCUGGACGACUCGCCCUGGAAAAUACCACUGGACAGGGACAUAUCUAACAUCUGUCGCAUCUUGGACCAGGAUCCCCAGAACCCUCCACGCAGUCACGAAUGCUGGAAGCGAGAAAAAUACAGAUUCUCUGCGGCAUCCGUAGCAAUUCAAUUCCUCGGUUCGCUGCCUGUCAAGUCUCGACGGCAGAUCCGCCGAGUAGUCUUGGAAGAAGAUCGAGUGUCGGUUGCUUGGCCUGAAUGCCAUGCGCAAGGCUUGAUUCCUUUAUGUCAGGAGAACCCUUUACUUCGCGUGGAACGAUGGGUGAACCUGUGGAGGAACGUCCUCCCUGCAGGCUCUUCUCCAGUUCGCGUUGUUGCACAUAGAGGUAAUGCCUGCUAUAGGGUGGAGGACCAAAUGGAUCGAUUAGUAUCUGCCGAUGUGACGGGCCGGUGUAUUGCACCAUGGAUCAUGGAGGCGCUGGCACUCGGCCGUCUUGGUAUGCCGCCGGAGUCAUUUACGCUCAUCCUAGAUGGGCAGCCUACACCUGACAAGAGCGCGCAGGUCUUCGAAAUUGUACAAAGGGAUGCCGCGUGGCAAGCUGCUUUCGAAAAGUGUUGGUAUGAGAAGACAAAUCCACCGGACUGGUUCCGGAUGAGGAGGACCCAGAGCUUCAUUAUGCGCGGAUUUCCUGAAGCGAUACAUGACAUCGUCUAUGGCCACUCUAUCGUACAAUGCAACUUCGAAUUGGGCGAUACUUGGGAUAUACAUGGCUUAGUGCAAAUGGGCCGCAACUGGACGAUGGAUGACUGGGAGAGAAAGUGGCGAGUGCAUGAACCGAAGGAUUUCGGCACUGAUCCGCCCUUACCAGACUGGUACAGUCUCAGACUUGAGGAAGCUCUGGAAAAGAAGGAGGAUGACUUUGAUGAUUGA